AACUAUAUAGCAAGAAGUAGACGGUAUAACAGUGUUCAUAAUAAUCAAAACAAGACAAAAUCGACAAUAAUAAUAGAAUAAUAAAUUAAUAACUGCUAUAACACACGAAGAGAUCGAUAAACAAGAUAGAUAAGUAGUCCUAACGCAUAUAUAUAUAUAUAUAUAUAAAUUAAAUGAUCUUAACAAACUCACAAAACGAUAUACAUCCUUUUUCUUAACUUCUGCAUCAUUAUGUGAAAGAGAAUCAGAAUUAUAGUAAAUAAUUAACAUUUUCAGAGGUAAACACCUUCAAUAAAGAAGUACAAAUGGUAUCAUCUUUUGCGGAUCCAUCUUCAAUAUCAUGGCGACAGAGCAGAACUGUUGCAACGAUUGUAAAUAGCUCUUCGCUCACUCAUUUAUAUCUAUGAUCGCGAGUUAAUGCUUAUUAAAAGUUGUUUAGUUCUUACCAUAUUAAUAAUAAAAAGGUGUCACGACGGUAGAAUAUCUUAUCUCGGUUUCGCACUAUGAAGCUCAUUAUUAAUCAUUAUUCAUUAUUAUCAUCAGUGUUAUUGCGUCUUAUCAGAGCGACCGUUCUUACAUUAUCUACCUGUAAUAAAUUCGUUCCGGUCUCCACCGUUUUAUGGUCAAUAGGCCUUUACCAAGAAUACUAAUACUGAAUAUUUUCGAGCAUUGUUGAAAACACGGGUGCGCCCAGUAGAUUCGUAUAGCUAUCCCGACAUCCAUUAUUUACAAUAGCAGGUUACGGGUAGUGAUCCGAGUACAACAUCAGCUAAAAUCUUUUAAAUUGCAAUUGGGUUAAAUAAGCUACAGUGAAAUAGGUUAGAAAAGACAUGUCUGAGCCAUUUAAGAUUACAUUGUAAUUAUUACUUCGCACGUGUAACGUUCAGCCAAAUCUGAAGCCAGGACCGCUAAAGCCAAGCUAUGGUAUCUCGAUGCUUUAUUUGGAUCUUUGUUGGACACCGCUUGCCUUAGGGGCAAAUCUCUGUCUUGCUCUUUUGUAUCCAGUAAUGCAGUCAGUCCAUAGCUGCUUCAAGCAAUGAUUAUUUCGACCUUGUGAUUAAAAUCGUGUGUUUAAAGAUAGUUACUCUGAACUUCCAGUCCUUGUAGGCUAGACUCUUCCGUGCGGCGUCGACACAUCCGAGCAUUAUUGUUAAACCUCGGAAUAAUUCUGCCAGCACCGUGCCGAGUAGAGAUCGUGUUGUGCUUUAGCUACCAUGGAUCUUCAGUUCCGAUGACCUUAUUCUCUUCAUGAAAAAAAAUAAAAAGUCAACACUUGACUUAAGAUUUGAAGAAUGUUUCGUAAAUCUCGAAAUGCUGGCCGGAAGCUUGGGAGUGACAUGGCGGGGCUCGGUCGUAUGAAUCUUGCUGGUCUGGGUCUCAUGGAUAUCAAUGAUCUGAAUUUCGAUAGUAAAGAUGAUGACGAUAUCGAUGAAAGAGACCUAGAGGCGGAACUAAAUGCUCUUAUGUCCGGUAAACGCCACAAAAAGCGCGAAGAAUCAACACAGAAGAGAGCCCCAAUGGAUCUGGACUCAAUAAAGGCGAUGGCAAAUGCUGCAAUAAUGGACGAUAUAAGUAAUGAUGAUGUCGAUCUAGAAGGCAUUGAGAAUGAUGAAGAAUUGCUAGCCGAAUUGAACGAGUUAAAUGAUAGUCAAGAUGAAGAUGAUGUUGCCCAAGAAACUCCUCAGUCAAUCUCUCCAAUGUCGACUCCAGCUCUUCGACCGCAAAACGUACCUAUCGAAACGGCUUCGAUAUUAUCUUCAAAAAGUACACCAAGUCCAAUGGACAUUACUGACGUGCUUUCUAAUCGUCUCAAGAACUACCGAGUUGCCGAAGAAGCCUCAAAAAAAAUCGGCGACAGUAGCAAAGUUCGCAGGUUUUCCCGGGCUAUCAAAACCCUUGAAGGACAACUAAGACAGGCACAGCUUGGGAAGGUUAUCCCAGAAGCUGAUAUCCCACCUCCCGUGGCUGUUCCUAAAGCAUCACCUGAAUGUUGUAAAGAGGAGCGUGUCGGAAAACCAGAAGAUCAGCUGCCCGAGGGUGGAGCGGGUUCAUAUAAUAAAACACAAGAAGCUGUGCCACUACCAAAUCUACAAACAUCGGGAACAUACCCUCCACCGUAUAUAGCAACUGUUCUUGAUGAUCUUGACGAUACUGAUGAUAUCGAAAGGACUGAGCAGGUUUCAUCAAAUGACCCGCAAGCUUCAAAGUCAUUUCGAGAAGCUCCAAUGUCACCACCAAGCAGAUCAGCUUCAGGUCCACCACAAUUAAAGCUUCCGCAGAAGCUGGCCGCACCUACUCCAUCCGUGUCAGUACCGGUUGCCUCAGACGGGAGUUCAUUAACGCAAGAAGAUUUGCUUACCACACGUCGUAAUCAGUAUCGUCAAGCGGCUUUAAUGGCUAAGCAAAAGGGAGAUAAAGAAUUGGCCAUCAAGUAUCUGCGUACAGUAAAGCAAUUCGAUGUAGUACUUCAGGCAUUACUAGAAGGAAAACCGAUUGAACUUUCAAAAAUGCCGCCCCCUCCCCCUGGAAUGAUUUGUCCGGCAACACCUAUAAGCUCAAUACCUCUUCAAUCAACAGCACAGGAGGAGAUACCAGACUUUAUUGACAUGAACUCGAAGACCGAUCCAGCUAUGUACAAUGCCCCACCGCAGGCACAAACUGUGUUGGGUGCCCUGGAACAGAGACUAGCGAAGUACCAGGAGGCUGAAGCACAAGCAAAAGAUAAGGGCGAUUCUAGUAGGGCAAGGCGCCUUGGACGCAUUGUCAAGGACUAUGAGACGACCAUAAAAGCUCAUAAAGCAGGAAAAAAAGUUAACUUCGAAGACCUUCCAGUGCCUCCUGGGUUUGGCCCUAUACCUAGCGAAACGGCUACUGGACAAAAAGUUUCAGCAUCGGUGAACAAAAGUCAAUCCUCAUUAACUUCACCAUACAGCAGCGCUCAGACCUACACCCUUCCAACGCCAUCAGCAUCAAUGUCCGCAGCUCCGUCUCCACCUAAACAAUGCGUAAAGCGACAGAUGUCUACAACUAUUGAAAAACAGAAGCAAUUUUUGCUCGAACGCCAGCGGUUGUUUAAGGAAGCUGCAAAGGGGGCACUUAAGAACGGUGCCAGUAAGGAACAAGCGAUGGAGUAUGUACGAAUGAUGAAAGGUAUAGAACCGAUGCUUCAGGCCACUGAACUCGGCCUACCGGUUGACCUCAGUUCUAUCCCCGUUCCACCGCAACUACAGCAGGAUUUUGUUGUCGUGGAUAAAGAAGACUGCGACUUUCAAUUGUCAGGAGAUAGCGAAGAAUUAUACAGGACACUUGAAGUAGAUCUGGAAGAACAGUAUGAAACAUGCAUGACAAAUCAAGAGCAUUUUUUCAAACUGGGGGACGUGGGAUCUGGCACGAAGUUUGAAAAACUCGCUCAGGAUACACGCCGGGACAUAAGCGUACUCAAAGCAUCUUGGAAGAGAGGCGAGCCUGUGCCCAGUUUCCGCUACGAAGAUCGAGUGUUCACCAUCGUCAGACACAAUCAUGAUGUGCCUGAGAACGUAAUGCAAGUCUCGGUUAUUCGCGGUAUAACAUUACCCGGUAAACCCAACGAAUUGGAUACCUACGUCAAGAUUGAUUUUGCGUAUCCGGCCGAUGCUCCUCAAAGUCAGAGGUGUUCGACAGUGAAGGAUACGACGAAUCCUGAUUACAAUUUUACUGGCUCUUUUGAAGUAGCCCGCAAGUCCCGAACCUUCAUCCGAGCCUUAAAACGAGUACAGUUAAAAAUUGAGAUUUGGUCAAAACGAGGUUUUCUGCGAGCAGACGGACUCCUUGGCGCAGCUUCAAUCAGGCUGGCGGACUUAGAGACAAAAUGUGAUCUACAUGAGGUGUUUCCCGUAAUGGAUGGGCGACGCGAUACAGGCGGAAAACUGGAGGUCAAAAUCCGAGUAAGUGAACCCUUUACUGCAAAGCAGGUUGAGGAAAUCAAGAGGAGAUGGCUUAUCAUUGGAAAGUAGUCGACAUGUAGCCGUUA